AUGGCUCCAUCGAUAGACCACGCUGCAAGCUCGCAGCAGACUUCGUCCUUGGACGACAUCUCCAAGGUCAAGUCGGCCCUCUUGAGCGUCUCCAACUCUACCCCGAGAAGCGGCUCGCAUACCCCUAUCGACCACGUCAUCGCCAACAAUGCUGGCUACACCGACACCGUUUUCGAGGGCAAGGCCGACCAGGCCGCUCAAGUCAAGCAGCUCCUCUCCAGCAAAGGCUUCAUGCCCCCAGAUCUCGUCACCGCCGAGGUGGACUGGUUCUACCAGAACCUCGGAAUCGACGAUACCUACUUUGCUCUCGAGAACGUAGAGACCGUCGCGGACCACAUCCUCGCGCUCUUUGGCGCCAAGAUCAUGGCCUACACCAAGCACUCCAACAGCCUCGAGAUUGACCUCGAAAAGGAGUCCGAAAACGGCGCCGUCUUCAUCCACUCGUCGCAAGCCGGCAAGUCGCAAGCCGAUGGCCCUCAGUGGGAGCGACGCAUCGACGCCAACUACCUCGACAAGUCGUCCGUAGACAAGGCCUACCGACUCGAGACCUACCGUUCCGCCGGCUCCGUCUCGGCCCAGUCGCAGCAACAGCUUCGAUGCUACUUUUUGGCCAAGUGCAACUUUGUCGAGCCUCGACCUGCUCCCGACUCGCCCCACUACGCCGACAUCCGUGCCGUCUCCGACAAGACCUUCCUCACCAAGGCGAGCGACAACACGCUCGACAUCUACCAGAGCAUCAUGGACGAGGUUCUCCGCCGACAGGGCCCCGUCAUCGAAAUGUUCGAGGUCGAGGGCAGCCGAGAGCGCAGGAUCGUCAUUGGCUACCGCAUGGGCACCACCAACAGCUUCUUUAGCGCCCUCUCGGAUCUCUACCACUUCUACGGCCUUUUCUCGUCGCGCAAGUACGUCGAGCAGUUCUCCAACAACGUCACCAUCAUCUCGAUCUACCUCAACCCGCUCCCAGCGUCCAACAGCCCUCCCAUCGAGCACUCGAUCCACCAGGUCAUGAAGGAGGCGUCCCUCAUCUACGUCCUUCCGGACAACCCCUUCUUCCAGCCUGCCCUCGCGGAGAACACCCACGCGGUCCAGGAGGCCACCUACGCCUACGUCGGCUGGCUCUUUGCGCAGCACUUCUGCAACCGUCUCGGUCAGGCGUACCAGGCGUUGCGAAACGUACUCAACGAGAACGACUCCCAGCAGGCCGCCAUCCUCAACGAGAUCAAGCUGCGUUUCCGUGAAGAGACCUUCACCCGUCAGUCGAUCCAGGAGGUCAUCGAGAGCCACCCCACUCUCAUCCGCUUGCUCUACGUUCACUUCGCCAACAUCCACUAUCCCGGUGGCGCCGACGAUCAAGAGCUCGUGCCCACCCUCUCCUUCCAGCGCCUCGUCAAGGAGGAAGUGCUCACCGACAAUGAGAUGUACGACCGCAUCCGCAAGGCUGCCAACAACACGCACGAGCGUCAGGUCCUCGAGUCCUUCCUCUUCUUCAACAAGGCCGUCCUCAAGACCAACUUCUAUACCCCAACCAAGGUCGCCUUGUCCUUCCGUCUCGACCCUGGCUUCCUUCCCGAAGUCGAGUACCCCGUCAAGCCCUACGGCAUCAUCUUUGUGGUUGGUGCCGAGUUCCGUGGCUUCCACGUGCGUUUCCGUGAUGUCGCCCGAGGUGGCAUCCGCAUCGUCCGCUCCAGGAAUCGCGAGAACUACUCCAUCAACCAGCGCACACUCUUCGACGAGAACUACGCCCUCGCAUCGACACAGCAUCUCAAGAACAAGGAGAUCCCAGAAGGUGGAGCGAAAGGCACCAUCCUGCCGACGCUCGAUGCCAACCCCAAGCUCGCCUUCGAGAAGUACGUCGACGCCAUUCUCGACCUGCUCAUCAAGGGCCAGACACCCGGUGUCAAGGAGGAGAUCGUCGAUCUGCUUGGCAAAGAGGAGAUCCUGUUCCUUGGUCCUGACGAAGGAACGGCCGACCUCAUGGACUUCGCCGCCGAGCACGCUCGCGCUCGUGGCGCGCCUUGGUGGAAGUCGUUCACCACCGGCAAGACAGCCGCCACGCUCGGUGGUGUGCCUCACGAUGUCUGGGGUAUGACCUCGCUGUCGGUGCGUCAGUACAUCAUCGGCAUCUACAGGAUGCUCGGUCUCAAGGAGCAGGAGGUCACCAAGGUCCAGACGGGUGGUCCCGACGGCGAUCUUGGCUCCAACGAGAUCCUGCUGUCCGUCGACAAGACGGUCGCCAUCAUUGACGGCAGCGGUGUCAUCUACGACCCUGCCGGUCUCAACAGGCAGGAGCUGGUGCGCCUCGCCAAGGCUCGUAAGAUGAUCUCGGACUUUGACGCGUCCAAGCUCAGCGCCAACGGCUACCGUGUCUUGGUCGAGCAGAACGAUGUCAAGCUGCCUACCGGCGAGAUCAUCCCCGACGGUGUUGCUUUCCGAAAUUCGGCUCAUCUGCGAUUCAAGGCCGACCUCUUUGUUCCCUGCGGUGGCCGUCCCGAGGCCAUCAACAUUUCCAACGUCAACCAGCUCUUCGACCAGGACGGCAAGCCUCACUUCAAGUACAUCGUCGAAGGUGCCAACCUCUUCAUUACCAGGCAAGCGCGUCUCGAGCUCGAGAAGCGUGGCGUCGUCCUCUACCCUGACGCCUCGGCCAACAAGGGCGGUGUCACCUCGUCGUCGCUCGAAGUGCUGUGCGGUCUUUCGCUGGAGGACGCGGAAUACGUCGAGUCCAUGCUCUUCAAGAACGGCAAGCCGACCAACUUCUACCUCUCGUACGUCCGCGACAUUCAGACGAUCAUCGGCCGCAACGCUCGCGCCGAGUUUGAGGCUAUCUGGCGCGAGAACAUCGAGUCUGGCAAGCCGCGAUCCACCAUUUCGACCGAGCUCAGCACCACGCUCAACAAGCUCUCCGAGGAGCUCGAAGCGACGGACCUUUUCUCUAACGAGCAGCUCCGCUCCGCUGUGCUUGGCCAGGUGUUCCCUCCUACGCUCAUCAAGAAGGUCGGCCUCGCCAAGCUCAUCGAGCGCAUCCCCGAGGCUUACGCUCGCUCGGCGUUCGCGGCAAAGGUUGCCGCCAGCUUCGUCUACGCCAACGGCCCCAACGCCAGCCACGUCGACUUUUACAAGCACGUUUCGACGCUGCUGGCUCAGCCAUCGCCCUCAGCGACACAGCAGUGA